CCUGCUGCAACUCUCGCGAUAGUUCCUCAGUUGGUCGCGGAGCAGUAUGGCAGCCGUCGCGCUGAGGUCUUGCCGCAGAGGACUUUCACAGAUUUUAAGCAAUGGAGGGCUCGCUGCUUUGUCUUCAAAGCGUCUGGAAGGAGACAGGAGACACAAGUCCACAGUUCAGUAUGCUUCACGACCAGACCUCCCGAAGCUGGCCUACAGGAGAGUGAAGGGGAAGAGUCCAGGAGUGGUCUUUCUCCCAGGAUAUGGCUCCAGCAUGAAUGGGCAGAAAGCUGAGUCACUGGAGGAGUUUUGCAAGUCUCUAGGACAUUCAUACCUUAGGUUUGACUACACAGGACAUGGGGCCUCAGAGGGGGUGAUGGCAGAAGGAACCAUCGGUACCUGGAAGAAAGACGUCCUUUUUGUGUUGGAUGAGUUAGCAGAGGGGCCACAGAUACUUGUAGGUUCCAGUAUAGGCGGUUGGCUCAUGCUGCUGGCAGCUAUUGCAAGACCAGAGAAGACUGCUGCACUUGUAGGCAUCUCCACUGCUGCUGAUCACCUCGUCACACAAUUUAACACUCUUCCUAUCGAGGCACGCAAAGAGUGGGAGGAGAAAGGGGAGUGGACUGUGCCGACCAAGCACUCAGAGGAAGGUUUUUAUAAGUUUAGCAUGGACUUUCUGAAGGAGGCAGAAAAUCACUGUGUGCUCCAGAGUCCCAUCCCCAUCACAUGUCCCGUAAGGCUCAUUCACGGGCUCAAGGAUGAUGAUGUCCCCUGGCACAUCUCCAUGCAGGUCGCAGAACGCGUCCUGAGCCCCGAUGUGGACGUCAUCCUCCGGCGACACGGCCAGCACCGCAUGUCUGACAAGGAUGACAUCAAGCUCAUGGUGUACACUAUUGACGAUCUCAUAGACAAGCUGACCACUCUGGUCUGAGUGCAGGGAGGGGGAGUGAGCUUGAGAGGUUGCUGAGAUAAAGAGACAAGGACUUUGUUUACUUAGAAGUCAACCCUCAAGAAAUUUACCAAACAAUGGCAUGCGUCUCUGCCAAAUAUCACCUUUUAUCCCCUCGGUUCCCCCUUUACUUCAUCUGUCACUUCAACAUGCCGUUACAGCAAACUACAUUGAGAGGAGCUCUCUUGUUAGACGUUACCUCUUACCUUCAGGUUGCAUUUGUAUGUGUUCCAGGUUAUUAUACGGAGUGUUAUGUCGGCCUGCGUUAGGUCUGUCCUUGCUGCUGUGUCUGCCGCUGUUAUUAUUGUUUGACUCUCCCCCCCACCCCCUUUACUUAGAGCAUAGUUCUCCUGUGCCUUUUUUAAUCACUUUUCAACUGUUUUGGCCAAUAAAACCUCUGCACAUGAGA